UUCCUCAAUUAUCCUCCAUCACCACCAUCAUCACCAUCAUCAUUGCAAUGUCGCAUGUUCUGAUCAUCGGAGGAGGCCUCGGAGGCCUCUGUCUGGCGCAGGCCCUCAAGAAACACGGCAUCCCUUUUAAACUCUUUGAGAAAGACGAGCGAAAGGACUUUCGCGCCCAGGGAUACCGGCUGCGCGUCUCGGACGAAGGGGUUGACGCGCUUGAGUAUGCCCUGCCGCCUGAGCUAUACGAGCUGUUCAAAGACACCUGUGCGGGGAAGCAAACCUUUGGUGUCCGCUUGGACGCCGACGGUGCUGAUCUGAGCAACCAACAGUCUGGAGGACCUCCUCCGCUCAAAGGAGACAAGUCCUACGUUGUCGACCGCACCACCUUCCGCGAGGUGCUGCUGCGGGGACUCGAGGACUCCGUGUUCUUCGGCAAAGCGCUGGACCGUUAUAUCCUGCAUGAAGACCAUGUCACGGCUUAUUUCACGGACGGAUCGGCCAUCGACGGCGGGUUGAUUGUUGGUGCGGACGGCGUACACUCGCGUGUACGCAGACAACUGGUUCCGGGCUUCAGGGCGAUCGACACUGGCCUACGCAUUAUCUACGGCAAGACGCCCCUAACGCUUGAUUUCGAGGCAAGCUUUCCAGAGGAAUACCGACGGGGUGUCUCGCUUGUACAGGAGAAGAUUCAGAGAGAAAAUGACGACGGCUCGUUUCAGCACACCCUUUUUUAUGAACCUAUCCGGUUCCCCUGCGCAAACACCGUCGCCGACCCCAGAUUGCCGGCCCCGUAUAUCUACUGGGUGCUGUGCAGCACAGCGAUGCCCCUGCCAGACGAGGAACUCCUCCAUCUCACCCACGACGAAUCCGCGCAAUUAAGUCUCCGUCUCACACAGCAUUGGACCCCGGUUCUGCGCGUCCUGCUCGAGAUGCAGGAUGUGUCGCAGACAUCGACGCUGCGGGUUGCUUCUGCCCCGCCCGACCUGCCUGCGUGGGAGGUCUCUCGUCGCGUCACCCUUUUGGGAGACGCCAUUCAUCCCAUGCCCCCGACUGGCGCCAUGGGAGUGGUCACGGCACUCCGGGAUGUAGAGGACCUCGCGCGCAGGAUUGUCGCCGCGGGGGGUGUCGCGGCGAUGGAGGAGGCGAGGAUUGCAGAGUACGAAGAGAGCUUGCGACAGUUUGCGCGGAAUGCUAUCGCCCUGAGUUGGAGGGGGGGAAACAGAGGUUUUGGCUUGAAAAAGGUUGAAGAGCGUCUAGACUGUCUGAUUGAUAUGUGAUCUCCAGAGAUGAAGCUCUUUGAUUCCUUGUGUAUUCUAAUUCUCUACAUAUAUGUAUUCUAUGGCAAACAUUUCUCAACUCUAGCGCAUUGGCAUAUCUGUGAAAUAAGCGAGGAACGAUGUAAUAUCGAUCCUUUUCGGGA